AUGCAACCACUCGAAAUUUCACACUCACAACUCGACGAAAUCUUUCAACGAGUCCGACCUUCACAACUCACACACUUUAUUAAUGGCGAAUUCAUUACAAGUCAAAGCAAUAAACAAUUACCACUCAUUUGUCCCGCAACUGAACAAAUUCUAUGCCAUGUGAGUGAUGGACAAAAAGAAGAUGUGGAAUUAGCAGUACAGGCUGCAGAAACAGCACUAAAUUCUGGAGAAUGGGGACAAUUAGAACCAAAACAACGACAGGAUUUAUUAUAUAAAUUGGCUGAUGAAUGGGACAAGAAUGUUGAAGAAUUGGCGCAAUUAGAAGCUUUGAAUAAUGGAACACCCAUUGGAGUGUGUCGUUACGUCAUCAAGGGUCUCACGGAUACCUGGAGAUACAGUGCUUCAUGGAUUGAUAAAUUAGGAGGAAGAGUUUGUGUGACCGAUAAAAAGUUUCAUGUCUACACAAAGAGAGAACCCAUCGGAAUUGUUGGAGUAAUUUCUCCUUGGAAUUUCCCAAUGUGGUGCAGUCUUGUUAAUGUGGCACCAGCUCUUGCAAUGGGCAAUUGUGUCAUUUUGAAGCCUGCAGAACAAACUCCUCUCACUGCUCUCAAGCUUGCAGACAUUUGUCAAAAAAUUGGUCUUCCAAAAGGAGCAUUCCAAGUGGUCAUGGGAGAUGGACCCAACGUUGGAGCACCACUCGUUCGUCAUUCAAAAAUCUCAAAAAUUGCCUUCACAGGUUCCACCGAAGUUGGAAGAAUUAUUAUGAAAACAGCUGCAGAAAGUAAUUUGAAACAAGUGCAACUGGAACUUGGAGGAAAAUCACCAGUUGUGAUUUGUAACGAUGUGAAUAUCGAUGAAGCAGUUAAAGUGGCUGCAUUUAGUAUUUUCAAUAAUAAUGGAGAGGCAUGCACGGCUGGAUCGAGAACAUUUGUUCAUGCUGACAUUUAUGAUGAAUUUAUUAGAAAAUUGAAGGAGCAUGUAGAGACGUUCAAAAUUGGAAAUAAUUUGGAUGAAAAUGUGACUAUUGGUCCUCUAGUAGAUAAAGAGCAAUAUGAUCGAGUGAGAAGUUACAUCGAAAUUGGUGAGAAAGAAGGAGCUAAAUUAUUAUUGGGAGGAUUACACCACAAGAAUGAUCUUCCAAGUAAGGGAUAUUUUGUGAAACCCACCAUUUUCUAUGAUGUCAAAGACUCGAUGAGAAUUGCUUCUGAGGAAAUCUUUGGUCCUGUUCAAUCCAUUCUCAAAUGGAACACCAUCGACGAAGUGGUCACACGAUGCAAUGGAACUGAAUUUGGAUUGGCUGCUGCUAUCUUUACUAAAAAUGUGGAUCACAUGUUUGCACUCAGUGAUCGUAUUAAGGCAGGAGUGGUGUGGAUUAAUAAUUAUCACAAUGUCUUACAUGUGGCUGAAUUUGGAGGAUUGAAACAAUCAGGAUUUGGUCGAGAGGGAGGAGAGGAAGGAAUUAAGGCAUGGACUUCAUUGAAAACAGUGGUAUUGCAAUUGCAAUCGAAUUUAUAA